AUGGCGACUUCGGUUGCAUCUGACAAGCCCGUCGAGGCUUUGGGUCCCGGAGAGGUUGCUGACCCUUUCGUCAUAAGUCCGUCCGGCCCGACACAUCUUCGGCAUUCCAACUUCGAUGGCCACCUCCUCGCCCUUGCUCCCGGCGCUUCGGCCGAGCAAACAAAACGCGCCAUUCAGGCCCAUCUGCGGGAUACCGAACGGCGAAUGGAGGAAGCUGGAAAGCUGGGUACCGCACUUGUACAACAGCAGAAGGAGCUCACGGAAAAGCUUCGGGAGGUGGAGCGCUUGCAAUCGGAAGCCGAACUUGAUCCCGACCUGCGCCAAAGACUCUUGGAUAUCGAGAAGGAUUACAGUGAGGUGGCGAGGGACAGUGCGCGCGCUUUGCUUCCAAAGCAGAGGGUUCCCAGCAGUGAGUCUCAAGGGUCGCCUUAUGCCGCCGAGGGCAAGGCUGGGAGGCGUUCUGUGAGCCCCUCCAAGUUCGAAACGUUGGCGACCCCAUCUCCCACCAAGUUCAGUGUCCCCAAUCGAAAGUUGCGCAAUCAGCCUGCCAGUCGGAUCCACGAUAUCGAAUUCGCUGCCGAAAUCAGUACCUCGUUGAUUGCACAAGUUCGAAAUCUUCAAGCCCUUCUGUCGGAGAGAGAAGAGGAGCUCAAGGAGAGCAAGGCGGACAGGGCGAGACUUGAACUCGAGGCCGAAGGCUUCCAACAACACAUCAAAAGCCUGGACGAGAGCGAGUCCCGAUACAAGGAUGAGAACUGGAACCUCGAGACGCAAAUCCACGAGCUCAUGGCAUCGCAGAAGGAGGCUGCGGAGCGCGAGAAGAAACUCACGCAGGCUUUGGCUGCUUUGCAAUCUGAAAAGAACGCCACCCAGCGAGAGCUGGAAGAGGUCAAGGAUAGCAUGACCAAGCAGGAGGAGAAGCACUCGGCAGCUAUCAGAAAUCUCGAGAUCGAGCUUGGCACCAGCCGGCGCAGUGCGGUAUCCUUCGAAUCGGAACGCUUGACACUUCAGAAGAGGGUCGACGAACUCACAAGCCAGAAUCAGGAGCUAGCCAAGGCGUUCUCAGCCCAGCGGGGCAGGAUGCUGGAGCGGGAAUCCACUCGUGGUGUGAGUGAUGAGGAUCGCAACUCCGGUAGCGACAGAAACACCGGCCCCGAGCAGUCACCGCCUCCUUCGCCUCUGAAAAUGACACCUCGCCACUCCGGACUCGAGACCGAAACUCUCAAGACUUCUCUCGGCCAUGCUCAACGUACCAUCCAGACUCUCAGGACCAACAUCCAUCGCGAGAAAACCGAAAAGCUGGAGCUGAAGCGCAUGCUCCAGGAUGCCCGCGAUGAGGUCGAGAAGCUGAGAAGCGAUCCUCACCCGGCGCCCAAGAAGAACCGCAAGCUUGAUGCCAGGGAGGCCAAGAAGCCGAACUUCAAGGUCACGCAGUUGGGUGGCCACCGACCGAGCAGAAUCGAAGUGGUGGAAGACCCUGACUGGGAUGAUGUUUCCGAAGCGCCCUCUCCUCGGACGAAUCCGUUCCGUGGCUCAAGCUCUCGGAUACCCAACCUCAGUAUCGGUACCAUCCAGGAAUCGAGCAGCGAUCACUUCGAGACGGCUCACGAGGGUGGCUUCGACACCGCGACUGAGGCCAGCGAGGCUUUCGAGACUGCCCACGAAAGGGGCACUGAGACGACCGAAACGGAAGACUUUGAGACUGGUCUUGAGAACAUCACCACGGACGAAUCCGAGGACACGGCAACCGAGACAGAAUCCGGGCCGAGGCUAGCUCGGGGUGCAGAGUCGAUAAGGCGUCCUCCUCCUUUGCCCGCAAGCCAAGACUCGUACUCGUUCGACAGCACGGCGUCAACUUCGAGCGACGAGGAGUAUGGCUACGUGGACGUGAGAUCACCAUCUGCGAACCCUGCCCAGCGGAUGCGGGCGCGCAUGAACCGUGGAUCCAUGAGCCAACGUCAACGGCAGCUUAGUGAAGAUCCGUCUACCGCACAGAGCAGCCCUCUCGGCGCCCCCGUUCAUCGCGGUAGCAUCACGGCAACGCCUCAGCAGAGCCUGUUUGCCGAGUUGAACAACAUGGAUAACAGUGAUGAUGAUUCAUACGGUGGUACCCCCGCCCGCAGUCUCCGUUCCAUGACGCCUGCCACACCCGCCAGCGUGAUUAGAGGCCAUCUCUCGCCAGCUCCCGAUGUCCCGAGGAUGCCGAUCAAGAGGGUGACCAUGGUCGACAGUGGGAUGAUGACAGAGCCAGUGGACGUUCGUGACCUUGUUGAGUCUGGCGUGCUCAGUGAUGGGGAGGGCUCAAUCUCGGCUCCACCAAGUGUCAUUCACAUGGAACGGAGUCGUCCAAGAACGAUGGAGUCUGUGAUUGCCCGUCAGAGAUCUAUGGAGUCUGUCAUUGGGCCCAAGAGAUCUAUGGAGUCUGUUGUUAGACCUAAGAGGUCCAUGCAGUCUGUCAUCGGACCUCACACAUCUGUGGAAUCUGUCAUCGGCCCCAGAAAGUCCAGUCAAUGGCUGGGAAGCGAACUCAACCAGGGCCGUCCGGCAUCGGUCAUGUCGUACAGCGAUGUCAGCGUCCAGCAUGAUUCGGAUGCGGAAGACAGGCCUGCGCAAUUCCCAUCUCCUUCGACCUCACCUCGGCAGCGUGCUCUGCUCCCCACUCCCGUUGUCGUCCCACCGCAGACUCUGAGCCUUUCGAGCAUCCAGUCGGAAGACAUUGCGCCUGUCAUUGAGCCCGAGCUUCUUCCAAUGCCCCCUUCGCUGAGCUUGUCUGCCAUUUUGACACAGCACACGGAGCCAGUGCGAGAGCCAGAGGUGCCUCCGCCGAAGCUCACUCUUGCACCAGUCUUGUCUCAGAACGUCGAGCCCGUGGCUCCUGUGCCACCAGUUCUGAGCGUGCCUGCCACUGCUUCUCUGGAUAUCGAGCCAGUUUCGGAGCCGGAGGUUGUUCCAGCUCCCCUAUCGCUCUCGGCAGUUCUUGGUGAGCAAAUCGAGCCAAUUGCAGAGCCCGAGCCCACCCCUGUGGUUCUCUCUCUCUCUUCCGUCCAUGCUUUCCAUGACGUUGAGCCCGUUCCCGAACCUGAGCCGGUUCCUGCGCCUCUCAGCUUCUCGGCUGUCUUGUCGACGGCGGUGGAGCCUAUUGCCGAGGUGGUGCCAACACCGGCGGCGCUCUCCAUUUCGAGCGUACAUACCUACCAUGAUUUCGAGCCUAUCGAGGCCCCAGAGCCAGAGCCUGUUCCUCUGUCCAUGUCGACAAUCUGCGCGGAGGAGGUCGAGCCAACAGCUCCGCCAUCCCCCAUUCUUCUGUCAUUCGCCAGCAUCGUGGCCGAAGAUGUCGAGCCAGUGGAGCAGCCAUUCGACCUCCCAGCCCCAGCAGUUGUUCCUGUCGUUGCAGCACGCAGCGUGGAGACAAAGCUCGAGGCGCCCGCUUCGCCUCCUCUUUCUUUCUCGUCUAUCAAGUCAGAGGCCGUCGAGCCUCGCCAGGAGCCAGAGCCGGCUGCGCCCGCAUUCGGUCUUGCCCCUAUUCAGUCCCAGGACGUUGAGCCCCGCGAAGUGCCCCUUCCUGCGCUCUCCAUAUCGACGCUCAAGACCUGGGAUGUUGAGCCUCAGGACCCGCCUGCGCCGGCGCUCUCCCUGUCAAGCGUCCAGGCUUGUGCUGUCGAACCUGUUGAGGCGGUCCGUCCGCCGCUGUCUUUGUCAGCUGUUGCGGCAUUGGAUGUCGAGCCUUGCGAGGCGCCUUUGCCGGUUCUCUCAUUGUCAUCCGUUCGGCAGACUUUGGAUGUCGAGCCACGCGAAGAGCCAGUCGUCCCUCCCCCUGCCUUGUCCCUGGCAUCCAUUCAGUCGCAGGCUGUGGAGCCUCUCGAGGCUCCCGAGGUUCCAGCUCCUCUCUUGUCUAUUUCGGCCAUCGGCUCUCAAGUUGUUGUUGACCCGGUCGAGCCAGAGGAGCCCAAGUCCAUCCUCCCGCCGCUCACCAUUUCUGCGAUCCAGUCACUGCAAACCGAGCCAAGCGAGGGGCGCAGCCCCAAGAGAAAUGCGUUCAUCAUUCCCCGUGGCACGGACGGCGAGGAGCAGGGUGCUCAGGCGUUAGAGGAGCAGCCCGCGCAGAAGCAGCCCGCGCAGAAGCAGCCCGCGCAGAAGCAGCCCGCGCAGAAGCAGCCCGUGCUUACUGCCGAUCAGGGCGUUCAGACAACAUUGACAUCCGAGGCCAUUGACCAGUUGCUCCUGGCAAAUAGCCAGCAAUCUCUUCCGCCACACGAUCUUGAACGCUCCAGCUCACAUCUCAGUAUGGGCACCCCAUCCACGGUUCGCAUUAACCGGGCCCGCCAGGGCAGCUUCGACAGCACGCUGCGGUCGAAGGGCAAGGCUGCUACCGACACUGUCACUGAGCCUAUUGAUGCCGUACUUCUUAGGAGGCCAGGCAGCUCUGCUAGCAUCAGGAGCUCCGCCGAGGACAUUGUCCCGCCCCUGCCAGCCAACCACAAAGAAGCCAUCGAGGCUGCGAGGACCAACUCUUCGGGCGGCGGUCAGGAAACCAUCAACAGCAUGCCACCGCCACUGUUCCCCGCCUCUGCCAUGCGCCCGCGGACUCCCACGCAUAGACGCCCCUUGUCACCCGCGGGUGCUGCUGGUAACGGUGGUCGUGCUACUCCCACACCACGUGCUCACAAGAAUGGAUCGAUUCGCGAGAUGCCCGAAGUCCAUUCGCCGUCGAGAAUGACAGCCCGCAGCCGCAAGUCCUCUAUUUCAUCCUUCGCAUCCGAGGUCGACACUCGAUUCAACAUUCACCCCGAGGGCGGUUAUGACACGUCUGGCUUGGGUCCCAACACGGACCCUCGCAUGAUCCAGGCCAUCACCCAGACGAUGAUUGGAGAGUACCUGUGGAAGUACACGCGCAAGGCCGGCCGUGGUGAGAUGUCUGAGAACCGUCACCGGAGGUACUUCUGGGUGCACCCGUACACGCGCACUCUGUACUGGAGCGACCGGGACCCAUCAUCUGCCGGGCGUCAUGAGCUUCGUGCCAAGAGUGUUCCUAUUGAGGCCGUACGCGUCGUAGCGGAUGACAACCCGAUGCCCCCCGGGCUGCACAGGAAGAGCUUGGUCAUCGUGUCGCCUGGCCGAACCAUCAAGUUCACCUGCACGACUGGUCAACGACAUGAGACAUGGUUCAACGCCCUGUCUUACCUUCUCCUUAGGACGUCGAACGAUGGCCAGUCGGAUGCCGAAGAGAUGGCUGGCCACAUUACAAGUGCCGAUGUUGACGAAUUCAACCCAAGCUAUGGCAAGCGGAUGCCCCAUGGCACUCGCGGUGCUCCUUCUCUGUCCUCGUACAAUUCCCGAACAGUACGGGAGUCGCCAACCAUGGACCACUACCUCAAUGUUCCCACUCUCACCCCGUCUCGCUCCAAGAUUUCUCAGCAGCAGCAGCAGCAGCAGCAGCAGCAACCACCGCAAGCGGCGCGGUCAUCUGGAACGCUGAGCCGCAUCAGCGGAUACUGGAAAGACAGCAAAGUCUUGGGCGGGACAUUUGGCAGCUUGAGGAGCAGAAGUGUUUCGGGGCGCGAUACCGCACAGAGCAUGUAUGAAUCUAGUGAAGUGCAGGAUAGUGCGGAGGAUCUCAGACAGAUCAUCGAGCAACAAGAUCGCGAAGCGGAUCGGUUGGAGAAUGUUCGGGCGUGUUGUGAUGGUAAGUCGAUGAGUUGA